AGACCAAAAGGGUAUCAACAGGCUUAAGCUCACACGGAGAACAGGACUGGUAUUCAUCUUGUCAGUAGGGAAAUACUCAAUACACAGUUUCAACGUGCAACAGCAAAGAGGAAGGAAGCGACUGCAGAACAAAAGAUGUAUCACCAACAUCAGGGCCCUAGUGAGCUCUUCACUACUAGGACGACCUUUCCCAUGGAGAGGCAUCUGUUUCUGCACGGAGGAAGUACGCAAGGAGAUUCCGGGCUAGUUCUCUCAACCGAUGCAAAACCAAGGCUGAAAUGGACACCCGAGUUACAUCAGCGAUUUGUAGAUGCGGUCAAUCAAUUGGGCGGAGCAGAAAGUUAGUAUACGUCUAUACGAUUCUUAUCUACUCAUUGUACAGAAGUCCGCUGAAUUCUUACACUCAUAUGUUUAUCACGCAGAAGCUACUCCAAAAACAGUCAUGAGGCUUAUGGGCAUUCCAGGACUCACCUUGUAUCAUCUGAAAAGCCACCUUCAGAAAUACAGGCUCAGUAAGAACCUCCAAGCUCAAGUUAACGUUGGGACAAACAAGAACACCAUAGGAUGUGCAAUUGUAGCUGAUGGCAUGCCCGGAACAAGUGUGCCAGCGAUGAUCAAUACAAAUGUCAUUCCACAGCCAGAGAAAACUAUGCAAAUUGGUGAAGCCCUACAGAUGCAAAUCGAGGUGCAGAGACAAUUAAACGAACAACUCGAGGUACAACGGCAUCUGCAACUACGGAUAGAAGCCCAAGGGAAGUAUCUGCAGGCAGUUCUAGAGCAGGCACAAGAGAGCCUUGGAAAACAGAAUUUGGGUCCUGCAAACCUGGAAGAUGCAAAGAUGAAAAUAUCAGAACUAGUCUCACAAGUAUCAAACGAAUGUUUCAGCAAUGCAGUUACAGAGAUAAAAGAAAGUUCAAGUAUGCACAGACUAGAGCCAAGGCAAAUCCAGUUCAUGGAAAGUUCAACCAACAACUGUUUGACUGCAGCCGGAGGAUUCAUUAAUGAGCAUAGACUACACAGCCAUGGAAUGCUCAAAGCAUAUGAUGAUAGUUCAAUAUUUUGCAGAAAGCACUCUCCUGACCGUGAGUACCAGUUUUCCCUUAAUAGAAGCCUAAGCGAGCGUAAGAUGGGUCAUUUGCACAAUGUGAAUGAGUACCACAAAGCAGAGUUUGGAAGUGAAAGUGACAUGGAGAUUCAACAGGAAUAUACUACACCUCAAAAGAAUGGCAGAGGCAGCACCACCAGUUCAGCCUCAGGAAGCAAAGAAAGAGAUGCGGACAGACUAUAUCUUGAAGAACCAAACUGCAAGAGACAAUUGGUUGAACAUUCAGGUUUUGAGCAUCCAAGUUCUGGGAAGAAACUUGAUCUGAACACUCAAAACACUGAUGAUGGUGAUCACGGGUAUAGGCAUUUUGAUUUAAAUGGCUUCAGCUGGAGCUGAAUUGUUAAUGAUAUGCAAUAUGAUUGAAGCGAAGAAAUGAGCAUACAAAUAAUUUUUCCUGGCAUUUUCAACACCAUUAUUUGGUGAUUAAACUGCGUAGGUCAAGAAAAAAUACUAGUACACCAGAGUUCAACCAUUGAGUAUAGAAACUGAGAUGUUAUGGCUCAGCAGUUUAAAUCUCCAUUUCGAGAGGUGUAAUACAUAUGAAUAGGAUAUCAAGUCCGUAAUAAUAAAAAAGGGAAUAGGGAUGCAA